UUCAAGACGAGCAACGGCAUCAUCCGCCAAGAGAACGCCAUCUUGAAGAACGCGGGCACGGAGGACGAGGAGCUGGAGGUGCGGGGCACCAUCACCUGGAUCGGCGCGGACGGCAGGGAGAACAGCAUCGUCUUCGUGGCCAACAAGGACGGCUACCAGCCGCAGGUGUCGCCGCAGUAG